CUUUGAUUUUGUGUGUCUGCCUUCGUGUCCUUGCAAGCACUCCUCCUCCAACAAGAUGGCGAGCGCUAUCAUGGCAGCGUUCAAUAAAAUCCGGCCGAAGCCGGUCACCAGCUUGUCACCAACCGGGUUGGGAGAAAACCCCGAGCUGCCGGACAGGUUUUUGCGUACCGGCGACGCGCCGCAGAACGAGACGCUGACAGCGUUACUCGAACGCAGCUACGAGGCGACAGCCCGGAGCAGCGCCGCUUUUCGGUACGCGCGGCGGUCGCUCGGACACGCCGAUGACCUGCACGUGGACACGAGUCAGUUUUUGGAGCGGCUUGCCUACCUGCGACAGUACCCCGAGGACUUCUGCGAUGCGAGGCCGGUGCACGUACCCACGGCGUCUGAAACGGCCGUCUUGGUCGUGAAUCCGGCAUCGGAGCUCGAGGAGGAUUUGGACGAGCUUGCAAACGAGCAGGGGGAGGGCCCGAUCGACCGUGCGCGGCUGCGCGAGAAAAUUCGGGCGAAGCAGCAGGCCGCCGGGCUCUUGCCGCCCGGUGCGGAGGGCGAUAAAGACGGCGGGGAUUUGGCGGAGCUGCAAAAGAAGAAGUAUGACAGGAUGUUGAAGAACGGAGCGCAGUUAGUGGAGAGCGCGAAGCAACAAGAGACGAAGGAUGCUACGGAAGAGCGGGGCCAAGUAGCAGAAUUGUUGAAGGGCGGGAAAAGUGUGGGACCACGGGAUACUAGGUCCGCAGUAGCAGCAGGCGCAAGUUUGUUCCUCGAUGUGGGAAGAACUGGUGACGGCACGACCGAAAUCUGCACGUCGCAAGGAGUCUGUCGUGCCACUCGAAGUUCUUUCCCUCUGAAAACGAGGCUUCGGACCACUUUCGUUCCAACUGUACCGGUCUGCGCACAUCAUCAAGUGAACAACCAUCACGUAGCCACCGUGCGUCACAGAAGAACCGAGCCAAGAAUGGAAGUUACAACCUCAUCGAUCUUUGCGUCGGAUCAGCCUGCUUUGCCCGUUGGAGUGAUUGCAAAAGCACUUGGAUAUUACACAGAGCCUUGGUGGCUAGUACGUUUUCGCUAGAUGUUGAGCAAGAACUUAAGUAAGUCGUUUUUCUUUGAACACUUACUCGUACUAAACUUCCCUCGCAGAGUUUCCGUCGCAGGGCUCAUUAAAAAUGGGCGUCUACCAGAGAUAUCCUGACGAGCUAGGAAGCGUGAGGAAGAAAAGAAGUGUAAGGAAAAAAACAAAAACCGAACAUAGUACCAUUUCAAACGUUCUUCGCAAUGAACGAGCGACCGUUUGAAAAAAG